UUCCCCGCAGCGAGCAAGCAGCCAAGCACAGCCAAGUGGCGCUGAAAAAUUUUUGCACAUGCCCAAUAUGCAAAAUUGAGAUCUCAAAUUCCAAAAGUCAACAAUAAUAAUAACAACAACAACAAAAACAAUAACAACACAAUUAUAAACAAAGGUACAAAACAUGGAUGUAUUGGAGUAUAAAAUAUCUUCAAGUGGUUCUGUUUUGAUAACUCAUGGAGUAUUAAAAACAUUGAAUGGAGUAAAAAAAAAAAUGGCAAAUGAUGAAACAGAAGGUGAUAAAUCAAAUUAACAUAAUUAAUUACGUUAACCAACCAAAGUAAGUAUCAGCUUAUUAUUAGCCAUCAAUUGUUGACUUAAAAAUAAUUAUUAAUUUAAAAAAAAAUAAAGUCAAUUUAACAGGGUGAAUUUAUAAUUGUCCUAGAUGAAAAAGAACUAGAUGCUGAUAAAUCAUUUGAAGAUGCAGCAACAUGCUUUAACCAACUGUUCAAUGCUGAUGUGAUUUAUCAUUUGUACCAUUUGUUAUUUGAUACAAUAGUAUUUCUUUUGAGAAUGUACCAUCAGUGGACUGAAUCCAGGCAAAUAAAUACUAUCAUUUAUAUUUCCUCGCUGAAAAUAAAUAAUUGCCUGGACAUUAUUAUAAAGAAAUUUAUAUAAUAUAAAUUUUUUUAUUGAUCACAAAGUUGUAAGCUGAGUUAGUGAUUGAUACCCACCUCGACAAGAUUGAAGGAAAAAAAAUUACUGAAAAUUGUAAAUAGUAAUUUUUUUGAAGAUGGGAAAAAGUAAAAUUGAAUUACGAGAAAUGCAAUCAAUUAAUGGUAGUAAAACAAUAAAUGGAAGUAAUGAAAAAAUACAAAUGAAAAAACAACUGGGUCUUCUAGAAGGUGUUGCUAUUAUUUUAGGAAUAAUUGUUGGAUCUGGUAUAUUUAUAACACCAAAAGGUGUUAUUGAACAAGCUGGAAGUGUUGGUCUUUCAUUAAUAAUAUGGGUACUUUGUGGAUUAAUGUCAAUGAUUGGUGCAUUAUGUUAUGCUGAGCUGGGUACAUGUAUACCAAAAAGUGGUGGUGAUUAUGCUUAUAUACACGAGGCAUUUGGUGCAUUACCAUCAUUUUUAUACUUAUGGGCAGCAAAUUUAAUAUUUGUACCAACUACAAAUGCCAUCAUGGCAUUAACAUUUGCCGAGUAUGUUAUGCAGCCUUUAUUUCCAGGCUGUAAAAUACCAAGUGAUAGUUUACGAUUAAUAGCUGCCAUGACAAUAUGUUUUUUGACUUAUGUUAAUUGUUACGAUGUCAAAGGAACAACGAGAAUGCAAAAUGUUUUUAUGUUUGCUAAAAUAUCAGCUGUUGUUAUCAUAAUUAUGGUUGGAAUAGUCUGGCUCUUAUCAGGUCAAACAAAAAAUUUUGAUGAACCAUUUAAAGAUACAACAGUUGUACCUGGACAAAUAGCAAUUGCAUUUUAUGCUGGUAUAUUUUCUUAUUCUGGAUGGAAUUAUUUAAAUUUCAUGACUGAAGAAUUACAAAAUCCAUAUGUUAAUUUACCACGUGCAAUUUAUAUAUCAUUACCACUUGUAACAUUGAUAUAUGGUCUUGCAAAUGUUGCAUAUCUUGUUGUAUUAAGUUCAAUGGAAAUGCGUGCAUCAGUUGCAAUUGCUGUGUCACUUGGUGAUAAAUCACUUGGUAUAUUUUCAUGGAUAAUGCCAGUACUUGUUGCUGCAUCAGCAUUUGGUGGUUUAAGUGUACAUAUUAUGACAUCAUCAAGAAUGUGUUUUGUUGGUGCUCGUAAUGGACAUUUUCCAGCAAUGCUUAGUCAUAUUAGUGUUGAUAAAUUAACACCAACACCUGCCUUAGUAUUUUCGGGUAUACUUUCUGUAUUGAUGCUUUGUACAAAUGAUAUAUUUGUCCUAAUAACAUACUGUAGUUUUGUUGAAUCAUUUUUCAUAAUGCUAUCAGUAUCUGGAGUUCUUUGGCUAAGAUAUUCAAGACCCAAAAUGGAAAGACCAAUAAAAGUUCCUAUUAUUAUUCCAAUAAUAUUCGUACUAAUUUGUGCCUUCUUAGUUAUUUUACCUUGCUUUGUACAACCAGAAGUUGUUGGAUGGGGUAUUGUCAUAACACUGUCUGGUGUACCAGCUUAUUUUAUUGGAGUUGAAUGGAAAAAUAAACCUCAAUGGUUUGAAAAAAUGAAUGUUGCAGCAACGCACACUGUUCAAAAAAUAUUCAUGUCAGCGAGAGAAGAAAAUGAAGACUUGUAGAUAUUCAAAAUUAUAUUUAAAAAAAAAAAAAAUAAUCGUCAGAUAUUCAC